CGGGAGGAAGGGGACCGGGGAGGAGCCCCUCCACUGCGGGCGACGGCGUUGCCUUGACGUCACUUCCCGGCGCCGCCACAAACGUCAGUACUGUGCGCAGAUCGUCGCGGUGCGGUUGGCUCUUAAAGUUCGGUCUUAGUUUCCUUCUGAGAACCAUGGAAAGUGACUUUUAUCUACGUUACUACGUGGGUCACAAGGGCAAGUUCGGCCACGAGUUCCUGGAGUUUGAGUUCCGGCCCGACGGGAAAUUGAGAUAUGCCAACAACAGCAAUUACAAAAACGAUGUCAUGAUCAGAAAAGAGGCUUAUGUACAUAAAAGCGUGAUGGAGGAACUGAAGAGAAUAAUUGAUGACAGUGAAAUUACCAAAGAAGAUGAUGCUUUGUGGCCUCCUCCUGACCGAGUGGGCCGGCAGGAGCUUGAAAUCGUCAUUGGAGAUGAACACAUUUCUUUCACAACAUCAAAAAUUGGUUCCCUUAUUGAUGUCAAUCAAUCCAAGGAUCCAGAAGGCUUACGAGUAUUUUAUUAUCUUGUCCAGGACCUGAAGUGUUUGGUCUUCAGUCUUAUUGGAUUACACUUCAAGAUUAAACCAAUCUAAGUUGAAUAUUGGUGUGGACAUGAGGGGGGUGGGAGUAGUUUUUAAUUACCAUCAUCAGGAAAUUUUUGUGUAUAUCAGGGCAAUAUUUUUUAUAAGCUAUAAAUGAUUAUCUUUAAUAAAUACAUGAUAAAAUCCAAUUUUUAUUAUUUUAUAAAGACCCAAACAUGUGAA